AUGUCAGACGAUCUCAAAGACGAGAUAGAAGCCCUAAACUCAAUCUACGGAGACGACACCCUACGCCAUACACCACCAGAUAACUAUGUUCUCACGCUUCCCGGCGGCCCGGGUGCCUCCUCCCUCACCCUCCGCUUCGCCGAUACGUACCCGGACGUACCGCCAGAGAUCCUCGGCACCCACAGCGCCGGCGAGAACGCGCCCCGCGGCACGGGCGCCCGCGACCUGUCUCUCUUCCGCGAGGCCGUCGCCGCCGUCUACCAGCCGGGCGCUGUCUGUCUCUUUGACGCCGUGGAAGAGUUCUCGCGACGACUGGAGGAAGUUUCAGAAGCUGAGCCGUCAGGAUUACCCACCUCACAUUCUCCUCCUCCUCCUCCUCCUCCUCCACCGUCGUCCUCCUCGCGGCAGCUAGAAGAGCACAACCACAACCACAACCAACAGGACGCUGAAGCUGACUCUCCGCCUUGCCACACGCUAGAGCCGCCCCCCUGGACCCUCUCCUCCCCCUUCACGGAACUCAAAUCCGUCUUCCUCGCGCGCGCCGCGCCCGUCACCUCCCCCGAGCAAGCCGCGUCCUACGUCCAGCACCUCCUCGCGACGGACAAGAAAGUGCGCGGCGCAAGCCACAACAUGACGGCGUGGCGGAUCCGCGGCGCCAACGGCACGAGCUUCCAGGACUGCGACGACGACGGCGAGACGGCGGCCGGCGGCCGGUUGUUGCACCUGAUGCAGCUCAUGGAUCUGUGGGACGUCAUGGUUGUCGUGACGAGGUGGUAUGGCGGGCAGAAGCUGGGGCCGCGGCGGUUCGCGCUGAUUAAUAGCACGGCGAGGGAUGCGUUUGUCAAGGCUGGGUGGGCGGAGGAGGCGGGGUCGGGGAAGAGGAAGGGGCAUGGGAAGUGA